CUGGGGGAAGAUGUGAAGUUUUAAUAAUGCAGCAAGGAAGGGGGGGAGGAUUUUUUUUUCUUUUUUUUUUUUUUUUUUUUUCUUCCUUGCAGCAAACGCUCCGGACGCCGCCAGGCCGGUAGGGCUGAGCGGGAGUUGGGGAGAGCGGCGGUGAGCGCAGCCGGCGGCCGCGGGGAGCUGCGGGCGGGGAAGCGCCCGGCGCCGGCCUCAGCGGGGCGGCGGCGGCGCGGAGCCCCGCGGAAACACCGCCGCCCGCGGGGGAAGCGCGCCGCUCCGCGCCAUGGCGCGCCCGCGCUGAGGCCCGCGGGGCCCCAGCGCUCCGCCGCUGGAUUUUAUUUUCUUUUUUUUCUCCCCCCAUCCCUCUUUUUUUUUUUUUUUGGCCCCUCAAAAAAUUAAUUAUAAUAAUAAUAAUAAUAGGCAGAGAGCGGGGAGCUGCGCGGCCCAGCGCGGGCAUGCCCGGCCCCCGGCCCGGGGAGUCCCCGCAGGGGAGCGGGGCCCGCCGCGGGGGCUGCCCGCCCGCCCGCCGGCCGCGGGGCUCCUCCGCCCUCCCCUCCCCGCCUGCCUACAGCCUAACCAGCCCCCUCUCCCCCCCCUCCCCCGCCGUGGCAAAUCCUGAAUCGCAAGAGAUCCGCUGGGCAUAGGGAGGGGAUAUAGAUGGGGUUUUUUCCUCCCCCCCCCCCCCCCCCCCCCGCGCAAGACCUGAGGAAAUCCAGCCCAAGUUCGCCGCGAUGACUGUGCUGCUGGCAUCGGGGUUUCUCCGCGGCAUCCCUGCCUCUGGACCGCUUCGCCGCUGCUCGCUUUGAAUCCUGAACGCUGGGUUAAAGCUUAAUUCUUAUGUUGUGGUUGCCGGGCUGCCGCUUUCCCGUGUUUUGCCAUGGGAGGUGGAGGAAAAAGGCUCGUCCGUGAGUCAACACUGAAAAUGUGAUUAGGAGGAACUGCUUUCACUAAUCUGUUUCUAACCUUUUAGUCCAUGUUGGCCUGUGACCCCUUUCAGCUUUCAGAUCGAGUCUGAUUAGACCACAACACUGGUCUCCCUAUGGAAGCAGCUGUUUCUAUCUGGCACUGAGAUCCCAUGGAGAAGCUGAGGAGGGGGAUGGCUCUUCAUAUCCAUGAAGCCUGGAUACUUCUGUUUGUAAUCCCUGCUUUGGUCACUCCAGCUGCCAUCAAUCAUGAAGACUACCCCGCCGAUGAAGGGGACCAGACCUCCAGUAAUGACAAUCUGAUCUUUGAUGACUACCGAGGGAAGGGCUGUGUGGAUGACAGUGGCUUUGUGUACAAACUGGGAGAACGUUUUUUCCCAGGACAUUCCAACUGUCCCUGUGUCUGUACUGAGGAUGGACCUGUUUGCGAUCAACCGGAAUGCCCUAAAAUCCACCCAAAGUGUACAAAAGUGGAACACAAUGGAUGCUGUCCAGAAUGCAAGGAAGUGAAAAACUUUUGUGAAUAUCAUGGGAAAAAUUACAAAAUCCUGGAGGAAUUUAAGCCCUCGCCAUGCGAAUGGUGUCGCUGCGAGCCCAGCAAUGAAGUUCACUGUGUUGUAGCAGACUGCGCAGUUCCUGAGUGUGUCAACCCAGUCUAUGAACCAGAACAGUGUUGUCCUGUCUGCAAAAAUGGAAUUCCUGAAAUGGCCAGAUUUUAAGAUUGCAGUUAAAACCCCUUCAGUCAAAGUCUAUGCAAUAUGCUGAUUGAUUGUGCAGAUGCAAGUUGAAUGCGGCCAGCCAGGAAGAAGAUGUAUCCCCCACGCCGGACUUUGCUGGACUCCACGAUCCUCUUCAUCGGUCCCGGAGACCGAAGCCAGUGGCGUAGCGUAGCCGCAUCACCCUUCUUCGUUCUUGGUGGAUGAAGUAUUCAUGGCAGCCAGCCAGCUUUUUGGGUACUCAGUUGACCCCACCACCACCACCCCAUCCAGAUGUCAGGCUGAGGGGUCACGGGAAGGACCUGCUCCUCUUCGGGCAGUACUUGCCCAGCGCGUGGGGGCUGGCGGUUGUUUCACAGCUGACACCUUAGUGCUGCUGUGCUGAUGCAGCGAUGCCACCCCAAAUCAUGAAUUGGCUUCCAUUUUUGCAGAGCCUGUAGAAGCCACCUUAACAUUGCAAUGACAGAGCCCAGCGCACCGAGGCUUCAUGGCCAGCUAUGAAAAUCAGUGGUUUUGGAAGGUUGAGACUACAAAGGAUGCAGUUUUGAUUGUUUGUCAGCUAAUGUUCUUUGUGUUUACCAACAGGAAUAUGUAAACUGUGGUGCCCUAUUAGCUCGAUUAAAGGAGUGAUUUGAUUACCAACAGAGGAAAAAAAGGAUUGAUUUAAAAGCUGGUAGAAGAUCAAGACUGAAAACAAGGCGGUAUAUUUGGGCCAGGCAGUCACCGACCUGACAAAAUACUUCAGUACUUGCUUUACUGUUCCUUGAAAAAAGAAGUCAUUUCACUGAAAUUUAUUUUCGGUGGAGCUCGUUCACCUCCAUCACUUUGGGCCAAGUGGUUAAAGGCAUGUAGAUGCUGAACCUGCUGAUGAGAGUUAGGUACGUAAGCAUCUGUCAAGAGCUAACCCCUCCAUUGCUUUUGGAAAUCUCACACAGUUGGAUUACCCAGAUGCUUAAAAGCCCUGCUGACUCAAGACUAUGACCUCCUCGUUGUGGACACAGCUGUUGGAAGAGUCAUCUAAUAACAGUGAAAAGCUUUGGAAAGGUAUAUAGAGGUUAAACCUUCCAAAAUUAGCCAUCCGGGUGCUGGAUAGCAUCUAGGAGGGCUGAGCUGAAUCUGCCACCUCCUGAAGUUUAGAAGGAGAGACUAAAAGAGGCAGGGGAGAGGAAAAGCCUUUAGAGAACAAAAAAGACACAAACUGAACAGCGCUUAAUGUGAUUAACUCUAUCACACAGCUCAGUGCUCACACAAAGUGGUAGCUGCUGGACUGUGUAGCGUCAGAGUGACAGGGACGCUGCCGGGAAAAGCUCAAUUCAAAGAGUGCUGCGGUAGGGAGCCAGCGGGACAGCAGCUCCUUUUGACCUGAGUGCAUGCUCACAGGUCAGCUAAUGCUUCCUGAGCAUUUGUGGUCUCUUCCUCUGCCCAGGAAGCAAGAAAAGGAUAUUUCACAUAUUAAACAAGGCAGGAGAAGACUCUGCCAGACAGCCGAAAGCCAGGCAGGAGCUGAAAGCCAUUAUCCUGAAUUUGUACCCCAGGUCCUAACCAUGUUUCCAUGCUUCCACCCCAGCAGAGUUCAAAAUUAAUGUCUACAGGCACCCUAAAGAGAAGAGUCGGGGAGGAUUAUGAGAAACCAUUUGUUGGAUGGGACUUGCUCCAAAGCUCUCAUUAAGUGGACACAGCUCGCAGAGAUGUGGGAAACAUGUUACGUGGUCUGCAUUGCUCUUUAAACUCAGAAAUAUUUAUGAAGAAGCAUCUGCUCAUCAGUGAUUGUUUCCCCUUGGGAGAAUGUUGCUGAAAUUUGUGUGCACAAGCCUAUGGCAGUGGUAGUUCAAGAUCCACUAUCAUCAUGACAGUAUAUUGUAGAGGAGGGAGUGGGUUUGGGGUUUUUGGGGGGAAAAAGUUCCUAGAUUCAGGUUGGGAAACCAGGUUCCUUUUGCAGAACACAAGCAGCCCGGGCAGUACUGAAAUUAAAGCAGGUGUGGUGUUGCUAUUCCCCACCUGAUCGGAUUCUUGGUGUAACUUAAAAGACCAAAAGUGACAUUAUUAUCCAAUUACAUUGCUGUAAACCAUUUUGCAGCGAGAAGCCUAAAGCCAAAUCCUGAGUCUGUGUCGCUUGGUGUAAUGCCGGCAGCGUUGUUUUAUUCUGAUCUACUCCAGCUGAGGAUCUGACCUGCAAGAGCUAAUAGUCUCUGUGUGACUCAUAGGCAAAUUGCAGGAGACUGGGGUGUUUUGCAUGGUCAGGCUUUCUAAAAGGAUUAGAUAUGGGUUUGCUUUUGCUGCUCUAGAAGGUUGGGAUUAUUAAGCAUAUCUGUAUGAGAAGAGUGGCAGACACUGUCUUCAUGUAUUUCUAAUUUAAUGAAUGUUUAAUGCUUCUUUUAUUGGAGCCUACAUGUAUGUAGAGUAGAGGACUUUAACAAGGGGUUGACUUAUGUCAAAUAAUUGAUGUUUGAGCUGCUCCUUUUACAUGAAAUGCAGACUUUACAGAGCAAAGAAACUGUAAUGAAAAUAUGAAUUAAAGAUUAGAGCUAAGCAAGUCUGAGAAAACACAGAAUUAAAAAAGGCACUUAGAAGUUUUCUCCUCCUGCUUCCUUUCCUUCUCUCCACGUUUUCUACGUCUCCAUCCUCUCUGCUCCUUUGGUAGAGGCCUGCAUUUCAGCCACAGCCUUCUGUCUCUUCUACAUCUAUGCACCUCUGUGAAGGAAGUCAGUGCAGUAAUCUCAUUCUGGCUACUGCUGUAUGUUUGCACAUCAGCCUAACCUGUGAUGCUUGCCAACUCACCAGUGAUUUCAACUGGAGAGACUAAAAAGUAUUUUUAAGGUACAUUUUUCUUCAUCUCUAUCCCUGAUUUGCUGAUGGAGCGUAUCUCCUGGGCAGAAUGAAAGUAAGUGCAAGUUUGGUAGAACCGUUUGCCAGAGAGACCCACAGUUUGUUACAGCACGUCCAGGUGAGGGUGAAAGAACGUUAUUUAUAUGUGGCAGCGAUACUGCUGUGUGACAGUGGUCGAGCUGUGCUGCCUGGAGGAGGUUCCUGUAGGACAGGCUUGAGGCUGGUACAGUGCCAAGAAUGCCGUCAGAUAUUGCCGGUCCCUGUUGCCCAGAGAUGCUCUUCUGCCCAUAAACAUCGCAUCCAUUUCCUUCCACCCCCUUGGCCCACCCCUCUCCCUCUUGGUUAGCUGUCUUCAUGCUCUGGCUUUCCACGGGUGCUUUCAGCUCUCAGUGCAGGUCUAUGAGCUCAGCACCAGGGCAUCACUCCUGCUGCCUGAGGCUUUUCUUGCCUCAAUUCCUGCAGCACGUGCUGCAAAGAGCUUGGCUGGUUGGGGAUAAUUUCUUGCUUUCUGUGUUUGUGUUUAGAAAAACCUUCUGCAAUGUUGAUCUGAAUUCAUACCUAAGACUGAAGAGCUUAAGCUUGGUCAUCAGCAAAUAAAAGCCCAGUGGAAAAGAGGCGAGGAUGUGGUUUUCUUUGCUUUGGCUGGUUGGGUUGGUGUGGUUCGGUUCCUCACACCUCUGGCCAUAUUGGUACAGCUGAAUAAAGGAGGGCUGGGCAGACCACAAUGGGACCCUGACUGUCAGCACUUUGUAAUGGGUGGCACAUGUAAGUCGCAGCAGUCAGCCAGUGCUGUUUUAGCAGGCUUUGUGUGCUCCACCACCCAGCUGUGUCUUCACCCCAACCCCAAGGCAUGUAUGGCACCUUUGGUGCUAAGGGACCAUCACCCGGCUGGGCUGCAGGGCCGCCCUCCUGCUAACUCAAGUAGUCCAAAGAAAUGCACACACAAUAAUUACGUCUUAGGGUGAAGAGGGCACCUCCUGGGGUCUGGAGGAGGUCGAAGGAGAAGUGCUGGGUAGUGAGGAUGUGGCCAGUCUUUGCCACAUGGCAUUAGAGCCAGAGGAGAGUCUCAUGCCCUGUUUUGUUUAGCAGUAUAGAUAAGUAUAAACUCUGAGUCUCUCCACGAGAAAAGCUGCCACUGCACUCUUACCCCUUAUCAUUUUUGUCUCCAGAAGCACUAAGCCACCAGGAGACUUCAUGUGUAGAGACUUGAGG